AUGUCUGCAUCAAAUUCCAGGAAGCGAGCAGCCCCCGGUGCGGCUCCAGUCGUACCAAUCCAGCGGAAUGUGCCGCAAUCACAUACAGCCGACCACAACACUGGAGCGAACCCUAUGAUGCAAUGGAAUGCCGCUGGCGGUGCGUCCGAACCGACCGAUUACUUUAGUGCUGCCGCAGUACACCGCGAGGAUCCAUAUGGGCUUGCGCAAGCACAGCAGACUUAUCCCCCGGCGGUGAAUGCGCCAUCCAACUCACUUGCACGGCGACAAAUGAACCGCGCUCUAGUUCCCACGAAUCUUAGAGCUUCCUAUGACCCUUCUUCGGACCAGUGGGCCGCCUUUGGCGAUGACAGCCUCCUCGUCCCGCAGAACGCGACGGAGGGUAGAGUUGAGCAGGAUAACGUGGAAGUUUUGGAAGAAAUGGCCCAGAAGGCGAAGCGAGAAGCCCAGGCCAAAAGGAAGCAAAUUCCGCCGUUUGUUCAAAAACUGAGCAGCUUCCUCGAGGAACGAAAGAAUGAAGAUUUGAUUCGCUGGUCGGAAAAGGGCGAUUCUUUCAUUGUGCUUGACGAAGAUGAGUUUGCCAAGACGCUCAUCCCCGAGUUGUUUAAGCACAACAAUUAUGCGUCUUUCGUACGGCAGCUCAACAUGUAUGGCUUCCACAAGUGCGUAGGACUGUCAGAUAACUCUAUGAGAGCGAGUGAGCGCAAAAACAAGAGUCCAAGCGAGUACUCGAAUCCAUACUUCCGACGAGGGCACCCGAAUCUUCUAUGGCUCAUUAAUAAGCCGAAGAGCGGUGGCAAAUCCAAAAAGGGGAACAAGGGCCAGGAUGGCGACGGAGACAGUGAAGAAGACGUUAUCCACGAAGAUAUAUUGGCUCACCAGGGUAUUCCGUCGGCCAACAAUACGGGUCGAUCUCUACCCGCUGCUGGGACUGAAGCUAAUCAGCCCCUUCCGAAGAAGGAAAUGACAUUGAUCAAGGAGGAGCUACAGAAAGUGCGAGAGCAGCAAAAGCUGAUUCUCGGAGCCAUCAACCGUUUACAGCGAAAUAACAACGACUUAUACAACCAGGCGAUUAUGUUUCAGACCCAGCAUGACCGACAUCAGAACUCGAUUAAUGCUAUUCUUAAUUUCCUAGCCAACGUCUUCAGAAAAACACUGGAGGAUCAGGGUAACUCCCAGAAUGUCGGUGAUAUCAUCUCAAGCAUGCUUGCCAAUCAAGGCCAACAGCCAACCCACCAGGGCAGUGUUGUCGAUUUGGGCGAUUUCUUUCAGGCUCACCAACCCAGCACUGCCAGCUCAAUAAGCGUUCCUACACCUAGAAAGUCCCAGAAACUACUUCCAGGAAUUCCCGACGUCAGCCAUCCAGCAGCUCAGCCGAGCCGGUCGCCGUCGACCAGCAGCACACCGUAUCAUCCUCUAGGGGUUCAUCCUGAAAUGGGGCAUGUUACUGAGCUUCUCGAUACAUCACCAUCGGAUACGACACCGACUCUCAGGCAAGAACUCGAGGCCAACCCUCAUGAACGGAUGAUGAAGAUAAUAAACGACCAUAAUGCAAACAACCCUCUUGAUUUACCAGACGCAACCGAUCUUGUCAAUAAUGCUCCGAAUACCUUGAGCAACGACCAGAGGAGCAAACUGGUCAACCUAAUGGCAGCACGAUCGACAUCUUCCGCAGUGCCAAACGUACCUGCUGUGUCUGAUCCUUUACCUAAAAGACCUGCCCCUCCUACCUCCUCAGCCGCCCCUCCCCCAGUGCAAGAUAAUAGCCCCGUAGCGCCAUCGCUCUCACCAAUCAUGCGGUCACCGACUAUGCCAGCGCCAUCCCUGCAACAUAUCAGCACGAACCAGAAUGAACUUGAACAACUCAAACGGCUACAGAGUGAACAGGAUGCAAAGAUUCACGAGCUAAGCGGCAUUUUGGGGCCAUUAAGUCCAAAUGGACACAUUCCCGGCAUAGACGAUGGAAAUGAAGCCUAUUUCGACGCUCCACCUGUCGAUUUGGACCAGUUUUUUGAUAGCAAUGCCUUCCUGAACGAUGCUCACUUUGGAGACGGAAAUGAUUUCAACUUCAACCUCGAUGCAGAUGGACUUCCCAACGGACUUGAUGCAUCAAAUCAUAAGUUUGAUACUCCAAGUCCUGCGGGGACCGAGGAGAUUCAUCGAGACGACCUUGGUUUGAACGGUAGCCCUAAUCACGAGAGUAAGAGACGGCGCAUGGGUUGA